UAAGUCACACCUUGCCGCCCCCCUCCCGAGCCUCCCCUCGCCAUCUUCUUCUUCUUCCUCUUCCAUCCUUCUUCUUUUUCCUUCUUCUACAGUGACUUUCCGAAUCCAAAACCCAAAGAAACAAACACGCACGCAGGCCCGAAGCCGCCGAAACCAGGGAGGCUUUGCUACUGCAAUCGCCAAGCCAUUUGAAGAAGAAGAGCUCGUGAGUGAGUUGAUUCCAAUAAGAGAUGAGAAUAGCUGUUGAAGGUUGCAUGCAUGGGGAUUUGGAUAAUGUCUACGGUACUCUGUUGCACCUGCAAGAAGUUGAAAAAGUCAAGAUUGAUCUUCUGAUUUGUUGUGGGGAUUUUCAGGCUGUUCGAAAUGAAAAAGAUCUAGAAAGCUUAAAUGUACCACAGAAGUAUCGAAGCAUGAAGUCAUUUUGGAAGUAUUAUUCGGGGGAGAAAACUGCACCAUUUCCCACUAUAUUCAUUGGUGGUAAUCAUGAAGCAUCCAACUACCUUUGGGAAUUAUACUACGGUGGAUGGGCUGCACCAAAUAUCUACUUUCUAGGAUUUGCAGGAGUAAUAAAAUUUGGAAACAUUCGCAUUGGUGGACUAUCUGGAAUAUAUAAGGCACCUCACUAUUAUUUAGGACAUCAUGAGAAGAUGCCUUACAAUGACCGGGAUAUUAGGUCUAUAUAUCAUGUUCGCGAAUAUGAUGUUCAUAAGCUCAUGCAAAUUCAAGAACCAAUUGAUAUCUUUCUUUCUCAUGACUGGCCUGUUGGUAUUACUGACUGUGGAAACCUGAAAAAUCUACUGCGCCGAAAACCAUUUUUUGAACAAGAGAUUCUGGAAGGAAAACUGGGAAGUCAACCUGCAGCAGAAUUAUUGGCAAAGUUGAGACCUUCUUAUUGGUUUUCUGCACAUUUACACUGCAAAUUUUCUGCUCUGGUCCAACAUGGAGAUAAUGGUCCUUCCACAAGAUUCCUUGCCCUGGAUAAGUGUCUCCCUGGACGACAAUUUUUGCAAGUCAUUGAAAUUGAAUCGGAGAUGGGUCCUUAUGAUCUUCACUAUGAUGAAGAAUGGCUUGCAAUCACAAGGAAGUUUAACCCAGUCUUCCCUCGGACUAGAGUUCCUGCAUAUUAUAGUGAUGCCAAGCUUGAACUGGAAGAUUGCCGCCGAUUUGUGAAGAAUAAAAUACAAAUCCAGGGUGGAAAGCCAUUUGAGUUUGCGCGGACUGCCCCAUGCCAUGACCCCUCUCGAUCCUUCGCUGAAAAUCUUCCUUCUGGACACAUUCGAAACCCCCAAACAGAAGCUCUCUUGCAGCUACUAGAACUUCAAUACUGUCUGGAUGCAGCCGCUGAAUCAGGACAACCAUCACAAGAAUCCAAGGUUUACGACAAUGAAGAUAUCCCAAUCGAUGAUAUUGAGGAUGCAGAUGAACCGGAGGAAAUCGAUGAUGACAAUUGACAUAACCAAAGAAGAUUAUGCAUCACCUUGUCUAGGUAUAGCUCUUUUCUUCACACCUUUCGUAGGUUGAAAAAAACUUAUCAAAGUGCUAAUUC